AAAAUUGUGUACAAAUAAAAUUACGUCACUAUGAUAUUUUCAGCGAUGUUUUAACCAAAAUCAUAUUAUGUAUGUAUGAUUUUUGUUUUGAUGUUAUCCCCAACCCAAGCGUUUGAAUUCAAUGAAAUAAGUUUGUGAUACUCUGAUGUUAUUUGUGUUUUGGCCUUCGUGCUAUCAAGUAGAAUUUUCUGCGUAAUAUUUUGAUCUAACCACGUGAAACAAUUGAUAUUUUUAUAAAUUUCUUUUAAAAAGUCCGAUUUUAAUACUGAAAAAAAUGGGCAAAGAAAAAGAAGAAUCCGAAUCGCAAUAUGGAUUUAAAAACAAAGAGAAAGCUGAAGAGACUGUUAAAUUGUUAGCUGAACAUGAUAUACAAUAUCAAAAAUUGACGGUGCGUGGUCUUUUGGGACGGGCAAAACGUGUACUGCAAAUAACAAAAGCAGAGGAUAAAAAAGCCAACAUUCAAGCAGCCAUCAAAGUGUUUGAAAAUUGGCUUGAAGAAAAUCCAAGCGCAUCGAGCAGUUCAAAGAAGAAUUCGGAAUCAAGCAAAGAAGACAAGGAGAAACCCGAAACCGUUCCAGGUCUAGGUUUCAAGGACGAGGAAGCAGCUCUCAACACUUUGAAAAUUCUGGAGGGUCGUGAUCCCAAUUAUCAAAAAUUGGCCGUUAAAGGAUUGAUUGGAAAUUCGAAGCGUGUUUUACAAUCGACAAAAAAUGAAGAAAAGAUUCAAUCAAUCAAGGCAGGAGUUAAAAUUCUUGACAAUUUUUUGGAAGAUUUCGAUCGAGAAAAUCGUGGCGCCCAGAAUAUGGCAUAUUUACCAGUGGACAUCGUCACCGCAUUUGAUAAACCCAAAGACAAAUUAGUCAUCGAAUUUAUUGAAAUUUAUGAUGGUAAAGCAAGAGGACGCUAUGAACAUUUGCGAACAUUGCAUCCAAAAAGUGAUGAUUCAAAAACCUGGGACAUUAUACGAAAUAAACAACUUGAAAAAAUCAACAAAAAAAUCAAAGAAAAUAAAUCAAAAUUAUUUAACGAUAAUGGUUCACCGACGAAGGAGCACUUGGAACUGAUUCAUUGGGCCUAUUCACCAAAUGCUGACAAAUUGAAGACAUAUGUUGAAAGUGGCAAUGAGAAAUCGAAUACGCAAAAACGAAAAUCAACAAAUGACGAUGGAUCGGUGCCAGAAAAGAAGAAAAAAUGAUUUUCUUUUUGUCGAUUUAUUAACAAGAACAACAAUAAAUUACA